AUGGCAUCCAGUAUCCCUACAAGUCCCACUGCAAGCUUGCUUGCCAGCCAGCCUACUGCAGCUAUGGUGAAGAAUAUCACCAACCCAAAACUGUUGAAGGAACAAACUCCCAAGCAGUCCCAAGUUCACCCACUUCCUAUAGUGGUGGAUCUCACUCACGUAGAUGUUGCCGUUCCAAGACAUAUGGCCAUUGACCUGACUGAUGUGCCAGAUCACCCAAUCAGAAAGGAGCCAACACAGGACGCCUCAAUCAACCUCACUGGGGACAAGAGCUCUGAAGAAGUGAUUGAUCUCACUAGGGCCAGCAGCUCUGAAGAAGAUGCCACAACUCAUCCCCAAAACAAUGUAGCUGCUGACAGCUGCUCCAACCAGGAGCCAACACAGGACGCCUCAAUCAAUCUCAAUGCCGACAAGAGCUCUGAAGAAGUGAUUGAUCUCACUAGGGCCAGCAGCUCUGAAGAAAUCGAGAGGGAGAUAGAGAUCAUUUCCCAGGGAAGGCAACGGAGUGCACAAGAAACCUGGGAUCGCAUCAAGUCUGAUAUAGCAACAUACGUGGAAAAGCCCAACCUGUACUGCAUACCCACGGUAGGGUUGAAGAAGGCCCAGGAAUACAUUGUGGAAUCCAACCUAACAAUCAGAUACACAACAGGUUUCAUAGGUAGUGAUGGUAAUUGCCUGUUCAGGGCUUUCUCUCAGUGGCAAAAUGGCCAUCAAGAUGACCACGAUAAAGUCAGAGACGAAAUCCAGAAGUAUUCAAAAUCCCAAAGAGGAUUAAUCAAGAAUUACCUAGGUCGAGAUGCUCAAGACGAGCACGUGGACCGUUGGAUCAACAAAAUGGGACAGCUUGGAGUAUGGGGAGAUUCGAUGGCACUUCAACUGUUGGCCAACCGCUUUGGUGUGAUCUUGUUUGUUGUCAGCUAUAAACCUCCGGACCUGCGGGGUCAUGCAUGUGAAUACAUGCCAAGCAAUGUGCCAGCAGGACAGCCAACACCAGUCUAUUUCAUAGUUAAUCUACCUCAACACUUUGAGAUCAUAGAUCCAUUUCCUAAUGCAUGA